AUGGCUGUCUUCAAAGUAAAAUUCACAAAAACUAAGAGACACAAAUUGGCUCAGAUCCUGUGGAUCCUCAACUGGAUUUCUGUAGCGACCGGCGUCACUCUCUUCAGCCUAGGUCUCUUUCUGAAAAUAGAGAUCAAGAAGCGCAGUGAGGUGAUGGCAAAAGGGGAGAUUAACUCUGUUCCCAAUAUGCUCAUCUCAGUAGGGGUCAUAGCUUGCAUCAUCAACUUCCUUGGUGGCAAAAUCUGCUAUGACUGUUCGGACACCACCAAGUUCUCUCGAUGGAGGCUAGUCAUGCUCCCUUACAUUGUGUGCACCUUCUGCUUCACCUUCUGCAUCCUGGUGGGUGCUCUCAUGUGCUACACCAUGAGGAAUGAGCUGGAGGAGUCUCUUUAUCUGGGAUUGAGAGAUGCUAUUAAGUUCUACAAGGACACAGACAUCCCUGGACGGUGCUUCUUAAAGAAAACCAUAGACUUAUUACAAAUUGGAUUCCAGUGCUGUGGAAACAAUGGCUUCAGAGACUGGUUUGAAAUUCAGUGGAUAUCUGUUCGUUAUCUGAAUAUGGCCUCCAAAGAGGUUUUGGACCGUCUGAAAAGUAACGUUGAUGGGAAGUUCUUGGUGGACGGAGUGCCCUUCAGCUGCUGUAAUCCAAGUUCACCACGGCCUUGUAUCCAGUACCAUCUUACAAAUAACACCGCUCACUAUAAUUAUGAUUUUCUGAUGGAGGAGCUCAAUAUCUGGAUGAAGGGAUGCAGGCAGGCCCUUCUGGAUUACUACACUGAUAUCAUGAGGUCAAUUGGGCUCACAGUGCUCAUCAUCUGGUUGUUUGAGAUCUCUGUACUUAUUGGGGUCCGUUACCUGCAAACGGCAAUGAAGAGUGUUCUCUUAUUGAGUGAUCCAGAGUGUGAGUCAGAUGGCUGGUUACUGGAGAACAGCUUUGUAGAAACUGCCAAAUACAACUUUAGCAUCAUUAAGAACCUUGGCAAAGCUAAUCAGAUCUCUACUGUCUCAGAGAUGAAUGAUCCCAAUAUGGAUGUUCAAACUGCAAACUAUGGUCCAGAAAAUGUUCAAUCAAAAUCCAUCCCCACAGCUAGCUAGACAUGACAGGUGCUUUAUUAAAGCCCUAAAUAUGGUGAGAUACCUUAACUGCAAUCCUGAAGUUACCAGAUUUUUCACUGGUGGGGACAAAAUGAGAACACUAACUGGGUAAUUGGACAAAUCACAGCGUGGUGGCAAGUUGAGAAUCCUGGGGCUGGACAUAGCUUCUGUAGGCCAGAGUUCCUGUCCCCCUGGCUUCUUUACUCACU